AUGCACAUUCUGGGCCUAACAAACGGAUCACUUCAGGGCAAUUCAGAGAUUCUCCUCAAAGCUGCCUUGACAGCUGCUCAAGAAGAGGAUUCGUCUCUAACAAUUUCGCCAGGAACGACCACGACCCAGCACCAGACGAUAGAAAGACUAUUAAAUGCCAUUCUUGCCGCAGAUGCGAUCAUCAUCUCCACUCCGACUUAUUCCCACCAACUUCCGGGCGUGAUCAAGGCCCUAUUCGAUCGAAUUGGCGGUCCAUAUGUUGAUGCGUCUUUUGCGGAGCUUGUCUGCCAAGGACAGGCUGCUGGAGAUCCCAAGUUUGCGAGCAUGAAGUUUGAUCCAAGAUUGCAGAAGCCCAGAGUUGCGGGCUUUAUGGUUAUUGGUGGUUCCGGAACUCCUGACCAGUUUACCAUGGCUCUACCUAGUCUCCACGCCCUCGUUUACCCAAUGCACGCUAAAGUCGUGAGCCAAUCUAUUGGGCAGAGAGUAGCCGCUCGUGGAGCUAUUCCCCUGCAGCCCGAGCUCAUGGAAAGGGCAAGGCAACUGGGACGGAAUAUUGUCAGUCAAAUGGGUAAACAUUUUGACGAUGCUCAGUACCUCGGAUUCAAAGACGAGUCCAGUUGUCCGAACUGUCAUUUAAACAAGAUCGAACUUCUGCGCAAUAACAAGUCCAUUGGUUGUAUUACCUGCGGUACCCGUGGAAAGAUAGUCAUUUUUCUAAAUCAAGAGAUUGGUUUCCGUUAA